UCAAGUCAAACUGACUAUUCGAAUUAUGUUUACACGAAAAUUAGUUCCAAUACAUACACGUAUUUCGUACAGUUGAAUAAAAAACUACUGAAACAUUGACCAUUGCGUCCAAGAGAUACUUGGACACCACGAAAUUUGAUUAGCAGUUGAAACAGACACACAUGACAAUGGUUGAAUACAAUCGCCAGCCGUGCCCCAUACGCAUUGUGGAGGACUGCGGCUGCACCUUCAUGAUGGGCUGCAUCGGGGGCUCGAUACUGCAGUAUGUGAGAGGAUUCCGCAAUGCUCCAGCCGGCAUUAUGCGCGGACUGUAUGGCGGACUGGACUCGGUGAAACUGAAGACACCAGCAAUAGCUGGAAGCUUUGCCAUCUGGGGCGCCACAUUCAGCGCUGUGGACUGCAGUAUGGUGUACUACAGACAACGCGAAGACUCCUGGAACUCGAUUGUAAGCGGAGCUGCUACGGGCGGCAUACUUGCUGCCCGCAAUGGACUCAAAGCAAUGGGUAAUGGUGCAAUAGUGGGCGGUCUGGUACUCGCAAUGAUUGAGGGCGCCGGCGUAGCCGUGGCCACCAUCUAUGCUGCCCAACCCAAUGGCAGCGAUGAAGAGAGCAAGCCACAGCGCCCGCAAUGGGAGGUGGUCGACAAUGUGACAAACCCAAACAGCAACGAAAACGCUCUUGCCGAGCUUGAGAGUCUGCUGGAGAAAUGUAAUGCCUACAAGCAGAUCAAAAGUAUUCCCAUGCCGCGCGAGAGAAGAGCACGUUAUAGGCUGCGGGAGAAUACCAUGAACAAGGUCGAGAGCAAAGCGAACAAUCAGCCAACGACGCCAUCUCUGCUGGAGCUGGUGAAACAGGCAAACAUUUUUAAUACUUAAUGCAUUUCCCAAGAUUUUUCGAUCCCUAUCUACCAAAUUAAAUAUGUAUGUAAGUGUUCUAU